AUUGUUAGUAUUUAUUUUGGCAGAUAUUACACAAUUUUCAGUUAUGCAAGAUCAUGAAAAAGGAAUGACCAUUGUCAAGUCGAAUGGGUUCAGAUUCAGAAUACCUUCACCUUCCUUCAUUUGCAUAAAUUAAAUUUUGCAAUUUUGCAUACUUUAUUCGAUUUGAGUUGAUAUAUUUACAUGGUAAAUUUCUAAAAUGAUUUCUCUGUGGUUCGGAUUUGUAGCAGUGACACUUGCUUUUCUUUUCAUGCAAUUGUCUAGGAAGGAUAAGCGAGAACUGCCAGGUCCCGUUGCAUUUCCAAUUUUAGGCAACAUUGUGCAAAUGAUGUCUGCAUUUCAAACGUACACUUAUCCUUUCACUCACUUUGCCGAGAAAUAUGGAGAGAUUUAUCGUCUCAAGCUUCCCUUUGAUGAAAUGGUUGUUCUAGCAUCAUAUGAUGCAGUUAACACUGUGCUUAGCAAAGAAGAGUCGUUUGGUCGUGAUCUCAGUGGGAUAAUGAUUGACAGAAAUUUCGGUCAAAAUAUUGGCAUGCUCUUUGGAAACGGUGAAAUGUGGGAUAAGAGUAGGAAAUGGAUUGUUCGAAAUUUACGUGAUUUCGGCUUUGGAAAAUCGCACCUUCUGGAAGCCUCUGUGAAUAAUGAGAUUGACAAUUUUUUGGAUAAUUUGGAGGAAAGGGAAAAGGAUCCUUGCAAAAUAAUUUUACCAGUAAGUCAAACUUUUCUCGUCCCCGUUAGCCGUGUCAUGUACAAAAUGAUGGCUGGAUACGACACAAAAAUUGAAAAUGAGACAUUGCUUGAAAUGAACCAACAAACAUCGUUGAUGGAGAAAGCCAGUGGAAUUACGGGAACUGUGGGAGCGGCUUUAGCUAUGUACAUUCCUCAAAUUAGAUUUAUUUUCCCAGAAUGGACGGGUAGAAAUGUUCAAUUAAGUUGCAGAGAAACCAUGCAAAAGGAAUCAAGAAAAUUACUGGCAGUAGCUAAAGAUAAAAUGUCCAAAAGUGGGGUACAAGCUGACUCAUUGACGGAAAAAUUUGUACUGCAAAUGAAAGAAGAAUCUAAGUUAAAAAUCAAUUCUGGAAUUUUCACAGAUUUGAGCCAUGACAUUCUGUUUGCCGAUCUUUUCCAAGCCUCUAGCAACACUACUGCUUCAUACUUAGAAGCAUUCUUUCUAUUCAUGAUUCUUUACCCAAAUGUCCAAGAAAAGUUGUUCCGCGAGCUGCAGGAUACUAUUCCAGAUGGACAUGAAAUUACAUACCAUGAUAAAAAUAGAAUGGUCUAUGCACAAGCCGUGAUGCUGGAAGUACAUCGCGUCGCGAAAAUCACGCAACAUCUUCUCCCAAGAAGGGCUAUAACUGAUUUUGAUUACAAAAAUUUUCGAAUAAAAAAGAACUCCAUUAUUAUGGCGGACAUGAAUUCUCUCUUCAACAAUCCUGGUAUUUUUCAAGAUCCUUUGAGUUUUAACCCAGAGAGAUUUAUUGAUGCAAAUGGAUCUUUGGUCAACGAAAAACUUGUUAUUCCAUUUAGCGUGGGAAAACGAAGCUGUCCUGGGGAAUUAUUCGCAGAUGUGACAGCAUUCUUAAUGGCAAUGCAUUUCAUUAACAAAUACAAACUGAGCACCGUCCCUGGAGAACCAAAACCUAAAGAGGCCAUGCACAUUGGGAUAACUUCUUGUCCUUAUGAAUUCUCAAUGCUUAUGACGAAACGACAAUGAAUUUUGAAAACUAUAGUUUUGCAUAAAGUAUGGUCAUGACUGAAUUUAAUUAUCAAUUUACGUAUUUAUUUAAUGUACCAGUAAUAAGAUACCGAGGUUAUAGAUAGAAUUAAAUAAAGUACACUUUGUGUCGAAGUCGCAGUUUGUUGAAUG